AUUUUUUUCUCAAGUUAUUUUCUUUUGUUUAAUUUGAUUAGUUUUCUGCACUUGUCUAUCCGGGGUUUUGUUAAUUUCUUAGGUUCAAUGUUAUUCUAGAAUUAAUAUCAUCAUGGAAAAGAUAGUGGAUUUUUAAUCUGAUUUUAAAUUUACCCUAGAAUUAGGAUAUUGAUGAUUGGUUAAUUGAUUAUUGGUUAACAAACCUUCGUAUCCUGCAAAUAUUAUCAAAAUUUGAAUGACUUGGUCCUCUUUGCCACCUUUAAAAUGUUAUUGACAGAGUGAAUGAUAUAUAUGAACUUAUGAAGUAUCUGUUGACUUGUUGAUAUUUCUAUAAUUCUAUUUAGAAUGUGUUGGUCUUUUGGAAAAAUUUUCCCCUUAUUCAUUAGCUAUGCUAAUGAAGAAAUUGUAUUUAUUGGUUCUGACUUCUGAGCACUAUAUAUGUUAUGCUGUGUAUGGAAAAGUUGCACUGACCCACUAUAUAUGUUAUGUUGUGUAUGAAUAUACUAGCUCAAGAUUUUUCUUAUUUGAAUUAAUUAUGACUUAUUUGAAAUUAUGACCCUUAUUUGGACUUGUUUUUAAGUCUGUCGUCGUUAUCAUAACUCACUUUUCCUUUCCUAAAAGCUUUUUUUGUAAGGAAAAAGAGCCUGGCCUUAAUCUUGCUAGUCAUCUGUCAUUGGUACGCUCUAAGUUAGUUUGUUUCCAGAAUUCUGCUUUUGGAGCAAUUGGAAUUAAGUUCUCUUCAUAUACUUAUACAUUAGGUUAAUGGUACUUUAGUACAUUUUUUGGGAGGGAGAGAAAGAUUCUACUUGAACUCGCUAUAAUAGACUAGCGUAGGGGUAGGAUUACUAUUGGUAUGACAAUAUUAAUUGGUUAGGAUUAGCUCGCAGUGGAAGGCAGUGCAUUUGUUAGAGGUGAGAGUGGAAAGGAAGACAGAAAAUACCCAUACAUAGAGGUGACAAGUGAGAGGGAAAAUAAGCCGAAAUUAGUUGAGUUUAUUUAGUUAGUUUUAGCUUGUGUCUGGGAUUGUCCAGCCACUCGAUGGUAUGAGAUUGUAAACUCAAUUUGAUGAUUUAUUCGCAUCAAAAUACAAUCAAAUAUCAAUUCUGCCCUCGAAUUCUCUUCUUCAUCAUUCAUUCAAAUCUGAUUUUCCAGUCUACUACAUUUGUCACACACAGUGGUUUCUGCUCCAUCAAGAGGUGCAAUGUUUCGGGAACCUGUUAGUUCUACUGAUGGAGAAAUUAAAGUAAGUUUUGGUUACCAGUGUGAUGGGAAGAAAGCCAUCUAUGAGGAUUCUAAUGAAUAUGAAAUCAUCCCUAAGACUCGACUUAGAAGAACUAGUCGAUCUUUCUCCUGUCUUUCUGGUGCUGCCUUAAGUGCUAACACUACAUUAGCAAAUACAAACAUUUGCAAUGGCAUGAUAGACUCAGAGAUACUGCCUAGUUGGGAAUCACCCAACUCGUUCCGCAGAAUUCCAUCUUCGCCAUCACUUUCUUCUAAAGUGGACAUACUGUCAUCUUCUCUCCAGAGUACAUUGUCAAACUUGAGUGUUAGUCCUUCUUCUCUAGGUGAGUCACCUGAUAGUGAAUCAUAUCUUAGGUUCACUAGUACUGCUUCCCCAAAUGAAGGCUUUCUCAAUGCUAUGGAAGUGCAAGUUGCUGGUGGAGCUGCAGGUGAAGAUAGGGUUAUAGCUGUUUGUUCUGAAGAAGAUGGAUGGCUCUUCUGUGGUGUUUAUGAUGGAUUUAACGGAAGAGAUGCAGCUGAUUUCCUAGCUGGAACACUAUAUGAUACCUUCUUAAUGAACUUCAACUUGUGUAAUUGGGAUAAUAGAGAGGAUUUAUCUGAAGCAUCUUUGGCUUCUGAUGAUUCUUUCCAGACUGUGCUAGAAAAUGGCAAUAUUUCUGGUACCGGGAAGAAAUGUUUAAGAAUAAGUGGUCGAAAGGAUGUCAACUUUGAUGCUUUUAGUCACAAGGAUUGUGGCACUGAGAUAGACACAUCAUCUAGUAUUUUUAAAAAGGGAGUGCUAGAGUGCCUCCAACGAGCUCUUAGUCAAGCCGAGAUUGACUUCUUGUCCAUGGUUGAGCAGGAAAUGGAAGAUCGUCCUGAUCUUGUUUCUGUUGGAUCUUGUGUUCUGGUUGCACUGCUUGUUGGGAAAGACUUGUAUACAAUGAAUUUAGGUGACAGCAGAGUUGUUGUUGCAACACAGAUAAAUGACUGUGAUGUUGGAGAGACCAUAAAAUUGAAAGCAAUCCAACUUACAGAUAGUCAUACUACUGAUAAUGAAGUUGAGAGAUCUAAACUUAUAUCAAAUCAUCGCGAUGAUCCUGCCACGAUUACCGCAGGGAAAGUGAAAGGAAAGUUGAAGGUCACUCGUGCAUUUGGUGUUGGAUAUUUGAAGAAGAAAGUGUUGAAUGAUGCACUGAUGGGAAUUCUCAGAGUCCGGAAUUUAAUAAGUCCUCCUUAUGUCUCCACAAGUCCUUCUAUCAAUGUCCACAGGAUCUCAAGAUCUGAUCGCUUUGUUGUACUUGGUAGUGAUGGCUUAUUUGAUUUCUUUACCAACGAGGAGGUCGUGAGACUGGUCCAUUUGUUCAUAUUGAAAAAUCCUUCAGGCGAUCCAGCAAAGUUUCUGCUGGAGCAACUUGUCGUCAGAGCUGCAGAUUGUGCGGGAUUCAGCAUGGAAGAACUCUUGAAUAUUCCACCAGGAAGGAGGAGAAAAUACCAUGAUGAUGUGACUGUAAUUGUCAUCACCCUUGGACAAAAACAACGCACUUCAAAAGCCUCCACAUGUUUGUAAGUUUCAUGCAUGAGUUGCAUCCUGCUGUAGUGAAUGGAAUCUGUAAAUAUAAAUUUUGGUUACCAACGAAGACAUAUUGAUGAAGUUUAGAAGGACUCGGCAACCCUCCUAGUUUAGGAGGAGAGCUGGACCGACAGAAAACUGAAUUUUUUCGUGUUUCCCCCUUUUCCUGGGUCUGUGCCCAGAACAAUUUUCUUACAUCCACAAAAUAUGUUAUAGACUUGUGGUUUGAUGAUGAUGAUGAUGAUGAUGAUAACAUAUGUAGGUAAAAGUCUUUGCUUUAAA